AUGUCUACAGAAUAAUAAUAAUAUGAACGUGUGAAGGGAAUGCUUUAAAAAUUGAUUAGCCCUUAAAACUAAGUUACUGAUAAAGAAGUUGAAAGUUUUAUUAAAUAAGUUUUGAAUGCUCAUAAUAAAGACUUAGAAGAAAUAUAUUCACUUGUAAUAUAAAAAAAUAAAAAUUAGGUUUUGGCAGAUUUGAAACAAUAAUUUCAUUCUGAGAAAAAGUAAUUAGAAAAUUACAGAGAUAGAGCAGAGAAAAUAAAUACAUAACUUUAAUAACUUUGA